AUGGCGAAAAUGGCGUUAACGACAGAUUUUAAAAUUCCGAAGCUAAAUGGAGCAAACUAUCGUGACUGGACAUUUAACAUGCGCCUAUAUCUCGAGAGCCUAGAUUUAUUUGGGCAUGCUGAUGGUUCUGUUGAAGUUCCCGCUGAAGACGCGUCUGAACAGGUAAAGCAACAAUUUAAGUCUGCUUCGAAAAAGGCCUGGACGUAUAUUUGUUUGGCUGUAGAGACUGAUCAACAAAUUCAUGUAAGGAACACGAACACAGCAAAGGAGGUUUGGGAUGCCCUGAAGAGUCAGUUUCCUAGAACUUCGAUAUCUCAGAUUGUAAGAUUACGCCAAAAGUAUUAUUCAAGUAAAUUUCAAAAUGGUGGAAAUAUGCUAGAGCACAUAAAUCACGUGAAGUCCCUUCAUGACCAGCUAAAGGAAAUGGGUGCAAAUAUUGAUGACGGAGAACUAGCUAUGACCUUGCUCGCGAGUUUACCGGAUGAAUUUAAGCCACUCAUUACCGCGUUAGAUGCUGUUGGAGAGGAGAAAAUCACUUUUGAAAAGGUGAAAGCCAUGUUGUUAAAUGAUGCUGACAGAAUUACUGAUUCGAAGAAAAUGGAAGAUGCAUAUUCUGCUCAACGAUGGAACAAUAGAAGAAGAUACGAGUCGAAAGAGCGAAAUGACAAGAGGAGUGAAGUUAAAUUUGGUCGGAAAUUCCAAGGAACCUGUCAUUACUGUAAAGAGAAAGGACACUUUGCUCGAGACUGUCCUAAACGAAUUAAGAAUUCACAAAGAGAUGGUAAUCAAAGUAAAGAGUUAGAUAAGAACUUGCUGUCAGUCCAUGCAAUGGAGAAACGUGAUGCAACUGUUACUUUCAAAGAAAACAAGUGUGAAAUUUCUCGGAAUUCGAAGAUUUUAGCUGCGGGAGAGAUCCAAGGAAAGUUAUAUGUCUUGAAUAUUGUGAAAGAGCAUGUGAACAUUGCCAAUCAACAACCUGAUACAGAUCGGUAUUUGUGGCACUGUAGACUUGGCCAUCUGGGAAUGAACAAUGUGAACAAACUUAUUAACGAAAAUAUGGUAAGUGGAAUGGACGGUGUAAGCAAUACGAAUGAAAAUCAAUUCUGUGAAGCAUGUAUCAAGGGGAAGUAUCAUCGCUGUCCUUAUCCGAAGACUGCUGAUUAUCGUGCUAGUGAACCAUUCGAACAUGUCUAUAGCGACGUCUGUGGUCCAAUGUCUGUACCUUCUCUUGGUGGAUCAAGAUAUUAUGUAAGCUUCAUCGACGACUACUCGCGCUAUACAUUUGUAUAUUUCAUGAAGAACAAGAGCGAAGUCUUGGAAAAGUUCAAAGAGUUCCACACCUUUGCUACGAAUAUCACUGGAAAGCCAAUCAAGGUUCUACGUUCUGAUAACGGAGGAGAGUAUUCAUCGAAAGAAUUCGAAUCUUUCCUGAAGAAGAAUGGUAUCGUUCAUCAAUUAAGCGUACCAUACAACCCAGCGCAGAAUGGUGUAGCGGAAAGAAUGAACCGAACGGUCGUAGAAACAACCCGAUCCAUGUUGUCCCAUGCACAUAUUCCAAACGAAUUCUGGGCUGAAGCAGUCAAUACCUCAGUUUACGUGCGAAAUCGCAGCCCAACGAAAGCUUUAAAUGAUAUCACUCCGUACGAAUGCUUGUUUGAAAAGAAACCUGAUGUGUCCAAUUUACGCGUAUUCGGAUGUAUUACGUACAUGCAUAUCCCUGACAAUCAAAGAAAGAAACUGGACGCAAAAUCUAGAAAGUCAAUUUUCAUGGGGUAUCCAGAAGGUGUGAAAGGAUAUAAGUUAUAUGAUCCUGUUUCUCGUAAAUUCCUUCGCAGUCGUGAUGUCAUAUUUCUGGAGAAGAAAUUUCAUGACUUUGAUAUUCAAACUUCAUCAAAUUUUGAUGAUCGCGCAGAGGAUGAUAUUCCGAUAAUGAUCGAAGAAACUCCUGUUGACGGAAAUGAAAAUCAAGAUGAAAUUGCUAAUCAAAGAGUUGCAGAGAAUGCUGAAGGAAACCAGCAAGCCAAUGACCAGCCAGUGGGAGGAACCUUUGAAGAGACGUUUAUGAAUGAAGUUCGUAACGUUGGUGAACGCAGAAUGAGAAGACCACCCAAUAGAUUUGAUGAGGAAUGCUACUUAGCGAACGAUAUAACAGCAGAUAUUAACGAGCCAAUUAAUAUGGAUGAAGCCUUCUCUGGAGAACAUUCAGCAGAAUGGAAACAAGCUACUGACUCAGAGUAUAAUUCGCUUAUUGAAAACGAAACCUGGGAACUUGUUUCAUUACCCAAAGGCAAGAACGUUGUCGGCAGCAAAUGGGUUUUUAAGGUGAAGAGAGAUGAAAACGGCUGUGUACAAAGAUAUAAAGCUCGACUAGUGGCCCAAGGCUACACCCAAGCCGAAGGAGUCGACUACUCUGAAGUAUUUUCGCCCGUGGUACGGAAUACAACGAUUCGAUCAUUACUCGCCCUGUCAAAUGCUAAGAAUUGGGAAGUCCACCAAAUGGAUGUCAAAACAGCCUUCUUACAAGGAAACCUAGAAGAAAUAUAUAUGCGACAACCAGACGGUUAUGUUAACAAAGAACUUCCAAAUCAUGUCUGCAAACUUAAGAAGAGCAUAUAUGGGUUAAAACAAUCCGCAAGAUGCUGGAACAAUGCUAUCGACACAUUCCUAAAGUCAAGUGGAUACAAGCAAAUGGAGUCUGAUCCAUGUUUGUAUAUGAAGUCUAUCAGAGAUCAAAAUGGAGUUAUCAUUCUAUCGAUUCACGUUGACGAUAUCCUGUUAUUCUCCAAUGAUUCAUGCAUGUUAAGUGAAGAAAAGAAACUUAUCGGCUUGAAGUUCAAGGUUGACGAUAUGGGUGAAGUGAAACACGUUCUUGGAAUGGUGAUUAGAAGAGAUAGGAGAAAAGGAAAGAUGAUGAUCAGUCAAUCCACAUAUUUGCAAGGCAUUUUAAAACGCUUUGGCAUGGAACAAUGCAAACCUGUCUCAACUCCUCUAGAGCCUGGAAAACAUUUCCAAGAAUCACCAGAUGACAAGAAUCACCAGAUGACGAGAAUCCUACCAAUACUAAUGAGUAUCAAAAGCUUAUAG